AUGCUUUGUGCCGCCCGGUAUUGUUUCCGUGGACUUCUGAUGUUCGGCGAAGCUCUGGCCGACGCCGUCGAAGGGCGACUUGGGGGUGGUCGGCUUCUUGAGGGAGGAGUAAAUCGGCUCGGGUCUUUCGUCAAACUUGAGGUCCCUGGCGUUGAAUUUCGGGCUCAGCGGGGACGGCAGUUUCUGCGCGUCGUAGCCGUAACGCUGCUCCUGUUUCGAGAACUGAUUGGACUCGAACUGGCGCUGCUCCUCGGUUUUACUGUACUCGUUAAUAGGUCGCGGUGUGUCGUAGAGUCGGGUCUCGUAGCUGCAAUAUUGCGAUCAAUGAUUAGUCCGUCGGCGAGCGCGUGUCGACAAACC